AUGUCAGACCGGAAAGCGGAGUUAGAGCGAAAAAAAGCAAAGCUUCUUGCUAUGCGAGAGGAAAAAAAGAAAAGAGAGGAAAUAAAGAAAACUGGUAUUUACGAUUCUGAAGUUUCAGACAUACGUCAAACGACUGAGGAAUUAUUAAAAGAUCUUGGCCUACCUGAACCCGUAGUACCUCAGGCUAGUACCAUACGUGAACUAGAAUCACCGUCUCUUGAUACGAUCGAUGGCGUGCUCCAACGUAAUUCCAAGAAACGGAAAAAUUUGCAAGUUUCCGAUGUUUUUGAGAUUGCGAUUCCUCCUCCGGAAACCAUAAUUUAUAGCAAAGAAACUCAGACUCUAGAAGAACCUCAAGAACGGGAAACAGGUCGUUCAACUGAUUAUUAUGUAUUAACAUACGAUGAAGGUAAUCGUGAUGAAGUGGAUGCCAAUGCUGCGUUAGCGGAACUGGAAAAGAUGCCUCAUAUCGGUGUCACUAAAACUGGACAAUCUCGUGGAAUAUUAGAUAAAAUUGAUGGAAUACGGACAAGUACUGAUGGUGUUGACGAGAAUACCUCAAAUGAUAUUCAACGUAAUGAUAUUAUCCUAAUGUCAGAGGAGGAAAAAGCUCAAUUAUUAUCAUCCGAUGCUUUUCUACGCUUUUUUGAACGUUCUUCACGUAUAAUUGAACGAGCGAUUUGUCAUCCAGAUGAAGGUAUCUUUUUGGAUUAUUCCGGUCAAGAUCUUGAAACUGAAGAGUCUGAUGAAUUGUUAACUGUAUCGAAUGAAUUUUUUGAUGAAAGAUGGUCUAAACAUCGUACAAUCACUGGUUUAGAUUGGUCAACUAUAUUUCCAGAAUUAUUACUUACAGCAUAUCAUAUGAAUGAAGAAGCUGUUCAUGAACCUGAAGGUGUUUGCUUAAUGUGGAAUAUGAAAUAUCCAAAGAAAUUAACACCGGAAUUUAUAUUUCAUUGUCAAUCCCCAGUUACAUCGGCUAGUUUAUCACGUUUCCAUCCAAACAUUGUAGUUGGUGGUACUUAUUCUGGACAGAUUGUCUUAUGGGAUAGUCGAGUCAAUAAAUGA